AUGAGCAACCCUGAGAUGGAGGGACUUAUCCGUUCGCAGAACGAACUGCACGGACGCAUCGCGCGCGCCUAUGAAAACUUGAAGAAAGCGGGAGGCGCAAGAUUGACAAUGGGACUGGUGGAUGCUCGCCUCCAAGCCUUGGAAUCGAACUGGAACAAGUUCGAGGAACAACACGGCAAACUGCUACUAAUGCCUCCAGAGGUUCUCGCCGCCACUGACUAUAAGAAACAGGACCUCCCGGCUUUGGUGGAGGAGACCUUCUUAACGCAGAAGGGAAUGUUCCUGGACGUCCUCCUGUCGCACAAGGCGAGGGAGGAGGCUGCAGCUAAGAGUGAGACGUCGGAGACGGCGACAACGACUAAUCGCACCACGUUACCGCGGAUUCAGCUGCCGGAAUUCUCAGGAAAAUACGAGGACUGGCCGUCGUUCCGCGACCUCUUCCACUCUCUCAUAGGCCGGGACGCUAACACGACGCCGGUGGAGAAGCUGCACUACCUCAAAACUUCCUUGAAAGGUGAGGCUGAGUUAUUAGUCCGGAAUAUCGCGACGACGGCCGAAAAUUAUAACAAUGCGUGGGACGUAUUGAAUGCGUAUUAUGAGAACAAGCGACUUCUCACCCGCGCGUAUCUGUCCAAUUUCCUUGCGCUAACGAAAAUGAAGAGUGAAUCGGCGGUCGAGCUUCGAAAGAUUUUCCACGGCGUCAAAGCAACGGUCAGCUCGUUGGCGAGUAUCGGUCGGCCUAUAAACCGUAGCGAGGACCUAUUCAUUUAUCUGGCGGUCGAACUUCUGGAUCCGCGUUUGCGACGCGAGUGGGAAACGUCAAUCGGCGACACGACCGAGCCUCCGACGUAUGCGACUCUCGAGCAAUUCCUGGAUCGGCAGCUGCAUACGCUCGAGUCGAUGCAGCCUGCUAAGGUCGACGGAGCCGUCGGUAAGGCCGCGAGCGGAGCCGCCAAAUCCGCGCGGAGCCACCUCGCUCGGAAGCAGGAGGGAAAUCCGGACGCCAAGCGAGGUCGUUGCCACUGCUGCCAAAAGGACCAUAUCCUCAUGUUCUGCGAGGACUACAAGAGGAAAACAGCCCAGGAACGGAAGCAGCUCGUCGACAACAAGAACCUGUGCCUGAACUGCCUCGGUUCUCACAAGGUCAGUGAGUGCGCGUCGAAGAAGGGGUGUGCAGCGUGUGGCGCGCGACACCAUACUUCCGUCCACGAUGCGUGUCGCGAGGUCGAGGUCGCGAAGACGGUUCACGCGGCUCAAGGACUUGCCGUAAAGCCGAGCGCGGUGCUCCUCGCCACCGCUCGCGUUCGCGUAGCCGAUCGGUUCGGAACCUUGCAUCACGCUCGCGCGCUGGUCGACCAGGGAUCGGAGUCGUCCCUUGUGACCGAGCGCCUCGCGCAAAGAUUAAAGUUACCGCGUUCUCGCACGUCGGUUUCGAUAUUCGGCGUCGGCGGACAGAAAACGGCCGUCGCAAAAGGACGCGUAUCGCUGACUCUCGCGCCGCGAACCGACGGCCCCGCGAUGUCGGUCUCCGCGCUCGUGCUCCCCCGGCUCACUAUAUACGCCGGCGGUGUCGAGGCCGUCGCUGACGCGUGGACUCAUCUUCGGGGUCUGGAGCUGGCGGACCCCGAGUUCAGCGCGUCCGACUCGGUGGACAUUCUCCUCGGUGCCGACGUUUACGCGGAAAUAUUACAAGAGGGACUUCGCAAGGGGGGUAGCCGCGAGCCCGUCGCGCAAAACACGACUCUUGGCUGGAUUCUGUCCGGCGCUAUCGGUGAAGGUGCUUCGAGUCACGUCGCGCAAUCCUACCAGUGCCGUGUCGAGGACGAACUGUCGCAACUGGUGAGACGAUUUUGGGAGCAGGAGGAGGUUCCGUCGGCUGCCGGACCGCUCUCGAAAGCCGAUCAGGAGUGUGAGGAACAUUUCGCGCGCACACAUUCGCGUAAGCCCGACGGGCGCUACGUAGUGCGACUCCCCGUCGUCGAGCCGAUGCCGAAUCUCUGUGGUACGCGCCGCGCGGCCGUUCGCGUGAUGAAGGCCAUGGAAGCGAAGUUUGCGCGGGAUGCUUCCUUCCAUGCGCUGUAUACAGAUUUCAUGCGUCAAUAUGUCGAGCUCGGGCAUAUGACGCCGGUCGAUCCUCCGGCCGAUCCGGCGAAAAUGGCCGUCUGCUAUCUGCCUCACCAUGGAGUGAUGAAGGAAACCAGCACGACGACGAAAUUGCGAGUCGUCUUCAACGGUUCUUCCGCGCUGCCGACGGGAGCGGCGCUAAAUAAGUAUCUGCAGACCGGGCCGAACUUGCUGCCGGCUUUGGCCGAGAUCUUACUCCGUUGGCGGCGUCACCGGUACGUUUUCGCGGCGGACAUAGAGAAAAUGUACCGGCAGAUCGAAGUCCACCCGGAAGACAGGGAUCUGCAGCGCAUAGUCUGGCGUGAGAGUCCUAGCGAUGUGUUGCAGGAAUUUCUUUUAAUCACUCUCACGUACGGGCUUGCUUGUUCCGCGUUCCUGGCGAUUCGCACGCUCCAUCAGCUGGAAAAGGACGAGGGAGUCGAGUUCCCGCUAGGAGCUAUCGCCCUCCUACUGGAGACCUACAUGGACGACGUAUUGUCUGGCGCGGACACGAUUUCGAGGGCCAAAGAGAUCCGUCGUCAGCUGGACCGAAUCUGCAUGGCGGGCGGCUUCCCGCUCAAGAAGUGGUCGGCGAACGAGGCGUCGAUACUCGAUGAGGUCCCUCCUGAGGAUCGCCUUCAACGCGAGCCCCGGUGGUGGCUCCCGGGAGAGAGCCACUUGACCCUCGGGCUGCGUUGGCAUCCACGCGAAGAUCAGUUCGCCUACUCGACGCAACUGACCCAACUGAAGGCUAUUACGAAGCGGUCGGUCUUAUCUUUAGCCGCUCGGCUAUUCGAUCCGCUGGGGUGGCUCGCCCCCACUACCGUAUUAGCUAAAAUUUUGUUUCAGUCCACCUGGUUGCUGGGAUUGGAUUGGGACACGCAGCUCCCUGACACCGACGUCCGACGAUGGCUCGAAUUCCAGGCCGGACUGCCUCUACUGGAAACGAUCCGAGUGCCCCGAUGGCUGGAGAGCGAUCAAGAAGGUGUUAAGCGCGAACUGCACGGAUUCGCCGACGCCUCGGAAAAGGCGUACGCAGCGGUGGUCUACCUGCGGACCGAAAGCUCGAGCGGCGAAGUAGUCGUGAGCCUCGUGACAGCGAAAACCAAAGUCGCUCCGUUAAAGCAGGUCAGUCUUGCACGGUUGGAGCUAAACGCUGCCGCCUUACUCGUCCGACUCGCCAAUCAUGCUCGGCGGGUCCUCAAGAUAGAAGAGGAUCCGACCCAUCUGUGGACUGAUGCGACCGUAGUGCUGGGCUGGAUUCGAGGUCACCCUGCUUCCUGGAAGACAUACGUGGCAAACAGAGUGAGUGAGAUUCAGCUCACUCUCCCUGACGCUUAUUGGCAUCACGUCCCCGGGCGUGAAAACCCCGCCGACUGCGCGUCCCGAGGCCUCUUACCAAGGGAACUCGUGGAGCACCCGCUCUGGUGGCAGGGCCCGGCGUGGCUCCGAACUAAAACCGGUCCGCUCCCUUGGACGACGAAGUACCAGUCGACCUCCCGGAACGGCGCUCUCACAUACAUGCCGUGGCAGCCGCUACGGAGGAGCCCGAGCUGCUGA